UUAAUGUCACGAAUUGUCCAGUUUGAGCCUUUCAGCUCGACAGUCGAACCCGAGUUCUGGUCAAAGCUUGGUCAUCACAAGCUGCACUCGGCGCAGCUCGACACGGCACGAACAACUAUCCGGGGUGAGUUUACGGGCGGACGGCGCCACGCGGUGCGGAAUAACGCGGCCGGAGCAGAGGUCCAGCGGCUGGCAGUGCCCGCCCGUCUGCGCGUCAGCCAGGAUGCAUGGACUACAGACAGCGCCAUCAGCUCGCAGUUGGGAGCCAGCGUCAGCGGGCACCUGUACAACACAAACACGAUUGAAGAGUUCAAAAAGAGCGACAAGGGCGAGCUGCUCCGGGGCGUUGGCGGAGAGGUCCUCGAUGCGAUCCACAGCGGCCGCGCGACUGAGGAGCCGCAGCUGUUGUGGCCGUUUGUGCUGCUGUCAUUUGCCGACCUAAAAAAGUACCGCUUCUACCACUGGUUCGGCUUUCCCGCAGUCACAGCCGACCCGGCGGAUACGGCCGAUGCGGUCACCCCCAUUGCGUCGUUUGUUGGCAGCAAUGCAGACAUCGACUCGCUACACAAGACAAGCGAGUUUGCCAGCGCCACAGGGGCGUUUCUUGCGCGGUACAAGGCCGGGGAGCCGUGGCGCCUGUAUUCUCUGGGAGAGUGGGAGCAGGCGUUUAGCAAUUCCGACGGCGGUGAGACAAUGCUGGCGUUCGUCGACCCGAGCAGCCAUGCUACGCGACCCGGAUGGCCACUGCGCAACCUGCUGGCGUGGCUGCGAUACACGCACGCGGAUGUCUCGAAGAUGCGCGUCCUGUGCCUGCGCGACGCCGUGGCAGAGAGUAUUGUUGUUGAUAUCAACGUGACGGCGGCAACGGAGGUGAAGGCCGACAGGCAGGUCAGCGGCUGGGAGCGCAACGAGCGCGACCGCCUGGCACCGCGCGUGGCCGACCUCUCGGCAGCAAUGGACCCUGUGCUGCUGGCCGAGUCGGCACUGGACCUGAAUCUGCAGCUCAUGCGGUGGCGCCUGGCGCCAUCUGUCGACCUGGCCAAGGUUGCCGGCACUCGCGCCCUGCUGGUGGGUUCCGGUACACUAGGAGCAUACACGGCACGCGCGCUGCUUGCCUGGGGCGUGCGCACCAUUACGUUUGUUGACAACGGCCGCGUGUCAUUCUCCAACCCGGCGCGCCAGCCGUUGUACGACUUUGCUGACAGCCUGGACGGCGGAAAGCCAAAGGCAGCUGCGGCAGCUGAAGCCAUGCGCCGUAUUUUUCCCAAUGUCGACGCAUCCGGUGUGCAGAUGAGCAUCCCGAUGCCCGGCCAUGCUGUGGCGCCGGCUGAGAUUGACUCUGUGCGUGCGGCCGUCACGCAGCUCGAGGGCCUUAUUAGAGCACACGACGUCGUGUUCCUGCUGACUGACAGCCGCGAGAGCCGCUGGCUGCCGUCGCUGCUCGGCGCACUGCACAGCAAGAUUGUCAUCUGCGUUGCACUGGGAUUUGACUCGUUUGUAGCUAUGCGCCACGGCGUGCACUCUACCGAAGACGCCGCCGGCGCGCGCCUGGGUUGCUAUUUCUGCAACGACGUUGUCGCACCGACAGACUCACUGACCGACCGCACGCUCGACCAGCAGUGCACCGUUACGCGCCCAGGCCUGGCGCCCAUUGCCUCAGGCACUGCCGUCGAGCUGCUGACCGCCAUCAUUCAGCACCCGCUCGGCGCCCACGCCCCGGCGCCUGCUGCUGAAGACGACCCCGACUCUGCCUCCCAGGGCGUCUUUGGCGUGCCGCCGCACCAGAUUCGCGGAUACCUGCGCGCCUUCCGCCAGCACACCAUUGUCGGCCAAUCGUCCAAUAUGUGCACGGCUUGCUCGCCCAAAGUGCUGGACGCAUACCGCCAGUACGGCUUUGACUUUUUGUUGCGCGCCUUCAACAACACACUGGGAUACAGCUAUCUCGAGACGCUGACUGGGCUUGCUGCGCUGCACCGCCAGACGGAUGACAUCAUGGCAGACAUUAUGUGGUCUGAGGACGAGGACGCAGAU